UGAGAUGGUAUUAGUAAUUUUACCCUAAACCUAGCUUUAGGUUGCAGCCAUCACCAUUCACCAACACACUUGAGCAGAAUCACACCUUCACACCACACAAAUGGGCAAUAACAAACAACAAAGAUUCAGAACUCACCGCCAAAAUCACGCUCAAUCAAGUCGACACCAACAACAACAACAACUCUCACUUGAGGAUGAUUCUCAAACCUCUCUUCCAGAGUCUGGUGAGCAUCAAGAGGAGCUCACAACACCCAAAAUAAAGCUUGCAAUGUGGGAUUUUGGGCAAUGCGAUGCCAAAAAGUGCACAGGACGCAAGCUUUCAAGAUUUGGCAUGCUAAAAGAAUUACGCGUGAGUAAUGGAUUUGGGGGAAUUGUUUUAAGUCCUGUUGGAAAGUCAUGUGUCUCAAGAGAAGAUUACUCUUUAAUCCAGAACAAAGGACUGGCUGUAGUGGAUUGCUCAUGGGCACGCUUAGAUGACGUACCUUUUGUGAGGCUGCGGUGCAGUGCUCCUCGUCUGUUGCCAUGGCUUGUUGCAGCAAAUCCAAUAAAUUAUGGCCGGCCAUGUCAGCUAUCUUGUGUAGAGGCCUUAUCUGCUGCUUUGAUAAUAUGUGGAGAAGAAGAAACAGCAAAUCUAUUGCUUAGCAAGUUCAACUGGGGUCAUGCCUUUACGUCUCUGAAUAGGGAAUUAUUGAAGGCCUACUCCAAAUGUGAAAAUAGUGCUGAUAUUAUAUCUGUUCAAAAUGCUUGGCUAUCACAAGAGAGGCAGGUCCCAAGGGCUCCCGCUGAUACUGAGGUUGCGGUGACGGAUGAAAAUGAGGAUAAUAUUGAAAACUCUUCAGAUUCUGAAGAUGGGCUUCCACCUCUUGAAAAGAAUAUGAAUCAUUUGAGCAUUGACAAUAGUGAUGAAGAGAGCGAGUAGAUUCAUUCUAAAUCUCUAACACAAGACAUUUCUGUAACCAUUGCUGCGAUAGUGGAAGUAUGAGGAAGAUGUGUGCAAUGCAGCAUUGCAUUGGAGCAAAGCUUUUUGGCUAACAAAGAAAUGUAUUAUUAUCAUGAGUGGCGGAUAGUUCCUGUGUUUUCUUUUGUUUCUAUUUAUUCAUAAAAUAGUUAAAUAUAUGAACAUAUGAAAGAGUGUCGGCAAGUAGUAAGCUAUGCACCACUUUCCCUCUCCA